AUGGAAGAUCCUUUCGUUUCGAGCUCGACGCAACCCGCGCCACGUGAAUCGCAUCGCUACUCGCCAUUUGAUACUCAGCUGUUCAAUCUUAAUGCAUCUUCGCCGGCACAAGCUAAAAGGGCUCUCGAGGCUCACCUGGUGGAGACCGGACGCCGGCUUGAGGAAAUGUCCAAAUUGGGUACUGCCCUUGUCGACCAACAACGUCAACUCGAGGAACAACUAAAGGAGGUUGAGCAGCAGCAAAAUGAUGGUGAAAUGGGUCCAGAACUACGCCAGAAACUUGCGGACCUUGAACGGGAAUACACCGAGAUUGGUCGAGAGACAGCGCGCGCAUUUCUAGCCCCUAAACGGCCUGGAGGAGCCUCGGAUGAGGCCCAACCAGCGACCCCAUCGAUUGAUCAAAAGUCCCCCCUGAACCCUGCCCUAUUCGCAAGCCUAGCGUCCAAUUCUCCGAGCAAAGUCAGCGUCCCAUCCCGGAAGCAACGCAACCAGCCUUCCAACCGUGUGCAUGAUAUCGAAUUUGCGACAGAAAUUUCAACCUCGCUAUUGGCGCAAGUUCGACAACUGCAGGCCCUCCUCGCAGAAAGAGAAGAAACUCUGAAGAGCACCAAUCUUGAGAAGUCCCGGCUGGAACUGGAAGCAGAAGGCUAUGCGCAGCGAAUUCGAGCUCUCGAUGACAGUGAACAGCGCUACAAGGACGAGAACUGGGCUCUGGAGACACAGACCCACGAGUUGAUGAAUACUAUUAAAGAUGCCACUGAGCGUGAGGAACGUCUCAACAGCAGCCUAAGCACUGCCAAAUCCGAGAGGAAUGCUGUCGAGCGGGAAUUGGAAGAGUUGAAGCAUGCCAACACGAAACUGUUAGAGGACCAUUCAGUCGCGCAAAAGGCUACUGAUGCAGAGCUUCACCUUUUGCGGCGCAAUUUAAAUUCAGGCGAUCUAGAAAAGUCUGCUCUGCAGAAGAAGCUCCAGGAGCUUACCUCUCAGAACCAGGAGCUUGCAAAGGUGGUCGCAAUGCGAAUUCGACAGUUUGAAUCGCAAGGCACUCGAGAUCUCCCCGAAGAUGAUAAUGGAGAAGAGCAAGAAGACAACACACCAGACAACUCUCCACCUGUUUCUCCCAACAAGUUCACUCCUCGACACGGUCACCUGGAAUCUGAGACUCUGAAGAGCUCUCUGGGCCACGCUCACAGAAUGAUUCAGAAUCUUAAAAGCACCAUCCACCGCGAAAAGACUGAAAAGAUCGAGCUUAAGCGGAUGUUGCAAGAUGCUCGAGAUGAGGUGGAGCAGCGUCGCCGCGAGACAGCUGCGCCUAACGCUGGUGGUAGUAAGCGCUUGAAGAAGAAAGAAGACUCAAUCCGCAAACCUGCUCGCCCUGAUCUUUUGGGUGCUGGCCGCAAGGAACAAUCGUUCGUUGAGCUCCAUGAUACCGACUGGGAGGACAACGCUGGUCAGCACAGCCCAACUCGCGUGAUGGGCAUGACUCGGGAACGCUCUGGGACUGAAUCAUCCAUUGAGCCAAGCAGCGCGUAUGCGACUGCCGCUGAGGAUGGCUUUGAGACUUCGAACGAGCGAGAAACCACCACCGAGAGCGAAGAAUUCCAAACUGGCCUGGAAAGCAUGGCUGAUGACAGCAGUGAUUCUGCUGACCUCACUGAAACUGAGCACACCUUCCAACGGACAUCACGUCCGCGCAUUCCGUCCGCUUUUACAAUGGCCAAGGCUGGUGAUCGUAGUUCAUUUAUUAGUUCUGCUUCAACAUCGGAUGAUGAAGCUCAGAGUGCAGGAUAUUCUCCAAGCAGCCAAUUCGUAUCUCGUCCACGGGUGAGACCGAAGCGCAGCGGCAUUAUCAGACGUAUUCGUCCCUCUGGAGAAGCCCUAAUGGCGUCCACAAGCCGGCCGACAAGUGCACGCAGCUCUCCUGCGCCGAGCUUUGAGCAGGAUGCGGCUGGCCAGAGUCUUUUCGCAGAGCUUGCCGAGCUGGAAGAUGGUGAUGACACCGAGGUAGCUUCGGAUGCCUCGACCCCUCGCAUGCUGCCUGCAUCCGACUCUCGCAGACCCUCUGACUUUAUGUUGAACAUGCAUAAGCGUAUCAUGGUUGAUUCUGGCAUGAUGACCGAUCCCUGGGAGCCUACGGCUGCCUCUUCUCUGUCUGAUGUUCCGACUACUCCCAAGAGAGAUGUGGUUGUUGACGCCAAGUCCUUGGACGUCGAUGGUGAUACUUUGAAUAAUGUUCCAACACCGCCUAAGAUGGCCUGGGACCGUUCCAUGGAAUAUCAGCAAUCGGAGGCUGGUACGCAAGCCGAUGCAACGGAGCUGAGCGUGGCACACGUUUCUUGUCAGGAAAGCGCACCCUCGGCUCCCAAGUGGCCUGAAUUGAAUGUUUCGUAUCUUGAAGGACGUGAGACUGUGCCUGUGAAGUACGAGCGUGCACGACCCGAGUUAGAUGUGUCAAGUAUCUCUUCACAGAUUACUAACCCUAUCAUGGCAACUAAGCCUGAACCUGAACCACUCGAGGUGUCCAUGAUCUCCACGCAACAUACUGCACCCAUCAUGGCACGGGUUCCUGAGCUGGAGCCGACCGAAUCGCCCCAGCUCACCCUGUCAUCUCUUCUCGUGCAUCACACGGAGCCUGUUCACCCACGCUUCACAGAACCAGGGCCAAUCGAAUUUCCCCAUCUCGCCAUGUCAUCUCUUCUCAUGCAUCACACGGAGCCUGUUCACCCACGCUUCACAGAACCAGGGCCAAUCGAAUUUCCCCAGCUCACCAUGUCAUCUCUUCUCAUGCAUCACACGGAGCCUGUUCAUCCACACUCCACAGAACCAGAGCCAGAGAUUGUGCGAGAAUUAUCCCACAUGACCUUGUCGUCCAUUUUCACACAUCAUGCUACAUCACCCUUACAGGCGCGAUUCCCCGAACCAGAACUUAAAGAGAUUCCCGAGUUUGGUUUGUCCUCUCUUUCUUCGCAACAGACUGAGCCUGUCACGCCUCAUCUGCCUGAGCCAGUGAUUGCAGUAGAGCCUGUACGAGAAGUGCCACAGCUGGCUUUCUCAUCGGUGUUUACUCACUCCACGGCGCCCGUCGCACCUGUUGAGCCUGUGCGAGAAGUGCCACAGCUGGCUUUCUCAUCGGUGUUUACUCACUCCACGGCGCCCGUCGCACCUGUUGAGCCUGUGCGAGAAGUGCCACAGCUGGCUUUCUCAUCUCUCCUGACUCGCUCCACAGAGCCUGUGGUCCCCGUUGAGCCUGUGCGUGAAUUGCCUCAGCUGGCUUUCUCGUCACUGUCCACUCGUUCCACAGAGCCCGUGGCACCUGUUGAGCCUGUGCGAGAAGUGCCACAGUUGGCUUUCUCAUCUCUUUUGACUCGCUCCACAGAACCCGUAGUCCCCGUUCAGCCUGUGCGCGAAUUGCCACAGCUGGCUUUCUCGUCACUGUCCGCUCGUUCCACAGAACCCGUGGUUCCUGUCGCGCCUGUGCGAGAACUGCCACAGCUGGCGUUAUCAUCUCUUCUGACUCGCUCCACAGAGCCUGUGGUCCCUGUUCAGCCUGUGCGUGAGUUGCCCCAGCUGGCUUUCUCGUCACUGUCCACUCGCUCCACAGAACCCGUGGUCCCCGUUGAGCCUGUGCGUGAAUUACCCCAGCUGGCUUUCUCAUCACUGUCCACUCGCUCCACAGAGCCUGUAGUCCCAGUUGAGCCUGUGCGUGAAUUACCCCAGCUGGCUUUCUCAUCACUGUCCACUCGCUCCACAGAGCCUGUAGUCCCAGUUGAGCCUGUGCGUGAAUUACCCCAGCUGGCUUUCUCAUCACUGUCCACUCGCUCCACAGAGCCUGUAGUCCCAGUUGAGCCUGUGCGUGAAUUGCCACAGCUGGCUUUCUCGUCACUGUCCACUCGCUCCACAGAGCCUGUAGUCCCAGUUGAGCCUGUGCGUGAAUUGCCACAGCUGGCUUUUUCGUCACUGUCCACUCGUUCCACAGAACCCGUGGUCCCCGUUCAGCCUGUGCGGGAACUGCCACAACUGGCUUUCUCUUCGAUUACCACUCAUUCUACACAGCCUGCGGCGCCCGUUGUGCGAGAAGUGCCUCAACUAGCCUUUUCGACUCUUUUCACUCAUGACACAGAACCUAUUCAAGCACGGCCUUAUGUGCCCAAGCCUGUUGUUGUUAGGGAGGUCGCAAUCCAUGAAUUUGGCAUGUCAUCUGUUGCCUCGCAACAAACAGCUCCCAAAGCGGUUGAACGUCGUCCCAUCGAGAUUCCCACAUUUUCUUCUUUGCAUUUCGUGGAAACUCUCCCAACAGCAUCCUUGCCACGCGCCAUUCCUUCCAUGCAUGAAUUUUCCACCCAGACAGAUGAAACAGCCAGUGGAGAUAUUGUCGUGUUUGAAGACGAAACCAAAGAUCUCAACGGCAGCCAAAAUGACGACAAUCUAACGAAGACUGGCUUGGCGCUAAGCGACAUAUCUGGUAAUGCCUUGCCUCAAUCUGCGAUGCAGCAGUCUAGCACUAUCAACUUCGACCAUGGAUCUCAAACCAUUCUCUCUUCUAAGCAGAUUGAUCAGAUUCUAAUUAAUCGAGACUCUUCGCAUCCCAUCUCUUCCAGAGAGGCCGCUGGAGCAGUUGUUACCCCCAAAGUUUGGCCAGCGAGCUUCCGCCGACCUGAAUCUGCCACUAGUCGGGCAUCCAGCUCUAGUGCUCACCCACCUCUGCCUGCCGAUCACCGUGAAAUUAUCUCGGCCGCCGAGAAGAAGUCACUUGAUGUGGCACCGUCGUCUCCAAUGGGACCUCCCAUGGCACCAGCGUCUUCUUACCGUUACGCACCUCGAACCCCGAACGAACAGCACCUGGGGGCUGCCUCAAUUAGAACCAUGUCUACUCAACCUCAUCUUCAGAGAAGAAGCCAUAGCAACAUGUCCAGGCGAUCAUCUGUGUCGUCAUUUGCAUCUGAGGUUGAGGAGCGAUUCAAUCCUCAUGCUGGUGCCGUGCCUAACGCGUAUGGACCUAAUACCGACCCCCGUAUGAUCCAGGCAAUCACGCAAACCAUGAUCGGCGAGUUUCUUUGGAAGUACACCCGACGGACUGCCUCUAAUGAGAAAAUGUCGUCAACCCGCCAUCGGCGAUACUUUUGGGUCCACCCUUACACUCGUACUUUGUACUGGAGCGACCAGGACCCGCAAACUGCUGGGAAGCACGAGCUCAAGACUAAGAGUGUUCCAAUUGAAGCUGUGCGAGUCGUUGCAGACGAUAACCCUUUCCCCCCAGGACUUCAUUGCAGAAGCUUGGAGGUUCAAAGCCCUGGCCGAAGAGUUCGCUUCACAGCAAGCACCAGCCAGCGACACGAGACCUGGUACAAUGCGUUGCAGUAUCUUCUCGUGCGGGAUCACGAAGACAAAUGUGUGGAGCCAGAGCAUAACGUCACUCUUGAUGAUAUCGAUGAGUUUAACCCUGGCUUCCGAUCCUCAUCCCGCCAGAGCCAGGGAGCUCGGAUGUCGCUGUCAUCUUACAACAGUCGCACUGUGCGCCAAUCACGCAAGACGCAACAUCGUGCCGCAUCUGCCAUGUCUAUUCACUCCAACGCCACGAGUGGAACUCCCGGACGUGCAUCACCUGCAUUCAGUUCCCCUGGGCUCAAGUCUUCGCUGCAGGUUCCGGAGGAUCAUACGCGUUCUUCGUCUCGCCUUAGCACAAUCUUUAAUAGUUCGAUCCGAGGAUCGAUUGCUAGUAUGAAGGGCCGACACGGCUCCAGUGUCCAAAGUGACAGCGUUCGUGGACAAGAUAGCAUUGAAGAUCUGGCACGCGAGGCUGAGGAAGAGGACCGUCUUGAAAAUGUUCGUGCCUGCUGUGAUGGCAAGCACGAUGUCGGUUCUCUCUCGCAUCGCAGCAGUCGAUUCAGCCCAAGAAUGGAGCGCCACCAUCAUCACCAUUGA